AGAAAAUUGUCCACGCAAACAACGAGCGCCCCGGGCUGCGCUUCGCCCGACAAGAAUUCGAUUUUCGCGAAGAUCCAAUGUGCGGCUUCUUUAUCUCGUGUUGCUCGAAGAAGGGACUGCGACACCUCACCGCCGUCUCUGCCACUGUUGGAGCAGGGAAUCUCUGCUCGUGUAGACGACGCAGAAGCAAGACAGGAGCAGGUCCAGUGACUAUGGCCGCCGGCACGAUCAUCAGGUACAACAUCGACCCCGAUGGCGGAAACAGCAGUAGUUCCAACAGCGCAAGCCCAGACGAGGGGAAUGCCGGUAACGCCGAUGCAGAACACGAAUCGGUGCAAAGCCGGGAGCGGUAUGUGGUGAUGGCGAUGAUGCUGCUGCUCUUGAUCAUCGGCUGCGCGCUGUUCGGCAUGCUCUUCUGGAUGCUUUCAGAGGACCUGACUGUAAUACGUAAGCACACAUCUCUUUUUUUCCUUGUUCAGCCUUCACGAGAACGGCUUAUUAUCGCACUGCGCUUGCUAGUCUUAUGAGUGCAACAUCCGCUCGCCUCUCUUUAGCUGCGAGAACAGCAGCAGGGACUCCGGGAGGAGUGCUUGCCGUGUUCUCGCUGUUGCAGUUGCUGAAUGAAUUCAGCAUACGUCGGUAACAUCUUUUCGAUUUGGGCGUCACUACUUGGCGUGCUCGUUUUUCAGAAAUCCGCGUGUGCACACUCCGUUUAAGGGACGCUUUCUGCUUAUUCGCUGUCUUCUAACCGUGCAUGUCUAUUCUCGUUCUAGGUCCUGCUGCCUGUAUUUGUUUCCGAGGUCGUGGGUGGCGGCUGCUGUUGCAGAACAGUGUCGCAAUAUCAUGACAAAACGGUCCACUUAAAAUAAAUGGCGGAAGAAUGCG